UUAAUAAUGGUCCACACAUUAAUUUUAACCAUAAUGUUGGUUCAGUAAAGAAAAUUCUAGUAAAAUUAGGUCUACAUCCAAUUGUUUUCGAAAACCUGGAAUAAAAGAAUUAAAAACAAAUUCAAUUAUAUUUGAAGAUAAUUCAGAAGAAUAUGUUGAUGAAAUUAUUUGUUGUACUGGAUUUCAAAGUUCAUUUCCAUUUAUAGAACAAAAUGAUCAAGCCGAUGAGAAUUUAAAACGUAUUGGAAAUGAAGCAAAAAUUUCUCAUAAUUUAUAUAAACAUUGUAUACAUCCAGAUCUUGGUGAUGAAGUAUUUUGGAUUGGAUUUGCUCGACCUGCAUUAGGUGCUAUACCACCAUUAAUGGAACUUCAAGCACGUUGGUUUGCUUUAUUAUGUUCAAAUAAAUUAAAAUUACCUACAAAAUCUGAUAUGUUAAAACAAAUUUCUAAAUAUGUUGAAUAUUUAAAAUGGCAACUAACAUCUUAUCGUGUUAAUCGUAUUACUAGUUUAACUGAUUAUUUAAUUUAUUCAGAUGAUUUAUCGAGAACAAUUGGAUGUAGACCUAAUUUUACUAGAAUUUUCUUUACUGAACCAACAUUAUGGUUAAAAUUAAUGUGUGGACCAUUAUUAAAUGCACAUUAUCGUUUAACUGGACCACAUGCUAAACCAACACAAUCAAAAAAUAUUAUAUUAAAAGCUAAAUGGAUUAAACAACCAAAUAUAUUGUAUUUUUUUAUGUUAAUUUGUUAUGCCUUUUUUUGGUUAAUUUUUGGAAUUGAAUCAUGUAAACCUGCUGCUUGGUAUCCAUUAUAG